ACAUAAUAAGAGAAGAUGGAGGAAGGCGGAGCUAAUCAGGAGAGCAGCACUAGCCCUCCUCCUCCUCAAGCAGAAGCAUCAGCAGAGGCGGCCAUCGCGGAGCCCAAGCCAGAGCCAGCUCCAGAGCCUCCAGGAGAGCCUCCAGCAGAGCCUCAGCCAGAGCCUCCAGCAGAGCCUCAGCCAGAGCCUCCAGCAGAGCCUCAACCGGGACCCAGCGAAGAAAGCCAGCCGCCGGAGCAGCCUGCAAAGAUGGUGAAGACCGUGACCAGCCUGGAAGAAUUCACAACAGUACUAAAGAGUGCUGGUGAUAAGCUUAUCGUCCUCGACUUCUCUGCCACAUGGUGUGGGCCGUGCAAAAUGAUCAAGCCCUUCUUCCAUAGUCUUGUUGAAAAGUAUCCAGACGUAAUGUUCUUUGAAAUUGACGUGGAUGAUGCUCAGGACGUUGCCGCACACUGUGAUGUGAAGUGCAUGCCAACAUUCCAGUUCUACAAGAACAAUGAAAAGGUGCAUGAAUUUUCUGGAGCAAACAAAGAGAAGCUGGAAGAAACCAUUAAGAAGCUAAAGUAACCAUUGGUUCUGGUUCAUGAAAUGUGACUGUUAAGUUAUAGCCUUUUCUACAUAAACUGACUAAAUUAGCAUAAGUAUCCCGAAUACACUUUGACUCUUCGGACUGUAAAUCAAAAGAAUAAAAAAUGUAUAAACAGUU